AGGUACACACCUAUAGGUUUGGUUGGCCUGGCCUACCCGACUGGCUGGGCAGGUCUGUGCCCACACCCGAACCUGCUCGCUAGAGGAGAGAGCUGUCAGUGAACACCUCCCCUGAACGUGUGUGUGUGUGUGUGUGUGUUUACAGAGCUCACAAUCAGUCAGCCAAUAUCCCCAGCACUGCUCAGUGCACCUGCCACCAUACUGCAGCUAAACUGACAUUAAUAAGGUGUCUUUCGAGGCAGUUUUUUAGACCUUUUUGACUAGAGGGCCACUAACAAUGUCCAAAGAGGGGGACAGACAAUCAGUUUUGCGGACCACAAAGGUUCGCACCGCUCUAAAAGGAGACAGCAGCUGGAUACAGAGACAACAGCAAGAGAAUCUUGAGAAAGAUGAGGAGGAGAAACCAUGGGUCGCCGAAGUGCGAGCAAACCGUUCAAAUGGUGUGUUUGAAGAAACAAGUCCUGUUUCCUCACCCACACCCGAUGUGCCUCAGCCUAGAUCCGACACAGAGAAACCAAAAACAUCUGAAUCUGGAUACUUAAUCAGAGGGGUAUUCAAGAGAACCGAUUCCAAGCCAACAUCAAAUUCAUCCACCAAUGGAUAUGCUGGAAUAAAUAGCUUCACCAAAAAGCCAUCUGAGAGUUACAAGAAAAUAGCCCCCCACACAAUUCGGUCCAGCAAUGAAAAGACAGUGCAGUCUGAACCAACUCUGAGUCCAGAGGAAAUGGAAAAGAGGACAGAGGCAGCCAGCAGUGUGCUGAAGGGAUCGGCAGCAUAUCGCCGUUCAUACGUAAUGUCAGCUGCAAAGAAAUAUGAAUCUUCAGAGAAGCCUGACAGCUCUGCUGAGAUGGGCAUUUGCUUUGUUGCAAAAAGGGUAGAUAUCAGUGAUGAUGAUGACACUACAGCGUCUGUUAAGUCUGUGCCUGUGCAAAGUGUAAAAUCAAACACUGAGCCAGUGGUGAAGGAGGUCAAGCCAGCAGCACCUGAAAUUAAAUCUGAACCUAAGCCAGUGACGGAAACUAAACCUACAACACAAACUCAAAUAACAACUGAAGCUAUCGCCACAUCAGAAUCUAAAACAGCGCUAGAAAAUACAACACAGCCUAAAACAGCAUCUGAGCCUAAACCAGCAACUGAAACUACAACAGUGGCUGAAACCAAGCCUACAGCACAGACUAAAACAGUAACUGAACCUAAACCUACAACACAAACUACAACAGCAACUGAUCCUAAACCCACAUCAGAACCUAAAGCGGCUGAAACUAAACCUACAACAAAAACUGAACCUAAACCAGCAAUUGAAACUAAAACAGAAACUAAAUCUACAACACAGACUAUAACAGCAACUGAUUCUAAACCCACAUCAGAGCUUAACCCGGCUGAAACUAAACCUACAGCAACUGAACCUAAACCAGCAAUUGAAACUAAAACAGUAACUGAAACUAAAACAGAAACUAAACCUGCAACACAAAUUACAACAGCAACUGAACCUAAACGCACACCAGAGCCUAAACCAGCUGAAACUAAACCUACAGCAACUGAACCUAAACCAGCAAUUGAAACUAAAACAGUAACUGAAACUAAAACAGAAACUAAACCUGCAACACAAAUUACAACAGCAACUGAACCUAAACCCACACCAGAGCCUAAACCAGCUGAAACUAAACCUACAGCAACUGAACCUAAACCAGCAAUUGAAACUAAAACAGUAACUGAAACUAAAACAGAAACUAAACCUGCAACACAAAUUACAACAGCAACUGAACCUAAACGCACACCAGAGCCUAAACCAGCUGAAACUAAACCUACAGCAACUGAACCUAAACCAGCAAUUGAAACUAAAACAGUAACUGAAACUAAAACAGAAACUAAACCUGCAACACAAAUUACAACAGCAACUGAACCUAAACGCACAACAGAGCCUAAACCAGCUGAAACUAAACCUACAGCAACUGAACCUAAACCAGCAACUGAAACUAAAACAGUAACUGAAACUAAAACAGAAACUAAACCUACAACACAAACUACAACAGCAACUGAAUCUAAGCUAGAGGUGGAAACUAAAUCUACAACAAAGACCACAAUAGCAAGUGAUCCUAAACCCACAUCAGAGCCUAAACCAGUUGAACUUAAACCUACAAAAACAGCUGAAACUAAACCAGCAGCUGAAACUAAACCUACAUCAGAACCUAAACCAGUGACUGAAACUAAACCAGAACCUGAAGCUAAAUCUGCAGCUCAGCUGAAACCAGCACCUGAAUCCAAGCCUGAACCAGUUCCAGAGAAAAGCAUGUCUGACACCCUGAUAUCCUUCAGCACAGAGCCUGCCAGUUCUGGCCAAGCAGACUCGGGAGUAGAUCUUCUCAGUCAGGAUCUGCUGACAGACAACAGUCCUCUGCCUCAGACAAACAAGGCACAUAAAACUCUGGACCUGCUCGCAGAUGAUCUUAUUCCCUUCAAUACUACUACCACCAGAACCAGCACUGACUACACCUACAGCCGGAAAACCCUGAUUGAAGAUUUUAAGAGCUCAGAUGAUGAUUUUGAUCCAAUAUCAAUAUCGAGUGAUCCCACAAAGAGUCCUCAGUGGUACAGUCCUCCUAAACCGGACUCAAGUUCAGAUACAUUCAAUCACUUUCAGCAUCCUGUGGAUUUUGUUGUUGAUGCGCCACCAGACGUUUUGGUUUCCUUGGCUGAAGAUGUCAUUCCAAUUGAUACUAAGAGUGAUUGGAAGACAGACAUGGACAGAACCAGCACUGACUACACCUACAGCCGGAAAACCCUGAUUGAAGAUUUUAAGAGCUCAGAUGAUGAUUUUGAUCCAAUAUCAAUAUCGAGUGAUCCCACAAAGAGUCCUCAGUGGUACAGUCCUCCUAAACCGGACUCAAGUUCAGAUACAUUCAAUCACUUUCAGCAUCCUGUGGAUUUUGUUGCUGAUGCGCCACCAGACGUUUUGGUUUCCUUGGCUGAAGAUGUCAUUCCAAUUGAUACUAAGAGUGACUGGAAGACAGACAUGGACAGUUACAAAACCAGCAUGAAAAGAGUGGGGAGUUCUGUCCAGGAGAGCUUACCAGAAUCUGAAUCCAAGAAGAACUUUGUCUAUGUUAAGGAGUAUGUGAAUAACUCGCGUCUUGAUGGCAGCAGCUCUGACUAUGUGUCAUCAACAACCUCCAACUACAGCUACAGCAGCCCCAGCUACUCCUCCAGAGGAGAUAUGACUCCCUGUACAUACUGUGGAGAAAUGGUGGGAAAUGAUGCCAAAAUCACCAUUGAGCACCUGAACAUAUCCUGUCACCCGUCCUGCUUUAAGUGUGCUAUUUGCAGUAAACCAAUGGGAGAUUUACUCUACAACAUGUUUCUCCAUCGUGGGACGGUCCACUGUGAGAGCUGCUAUUCCAAUGUGCUAUAAGGAGAUUUGUUACACUGCCUGAAAUAUCCCUCAACAGUAUAGCUAACCUGCCUAUUUGAAUAGGAAUUAGACUCGUUACUGGCACGAAACACGUUCCUCUUUAUAUUUCCUCACUGAUCGUACCGCUGACAUACCGUCUGAAUAUCAUAAAAAGGUUUUCUUGUGCUAUGAAUGCUUGUUGCAGUGCAUCUAGGAUAUUUUUCUCCAAUUCUGUCCCUUUAAAUGUUUAGUGAAGACGAUAAGAAUGUAUAUCUUUGUUGUAUUUAAUCAUGAGAAACCAUUUAAAAGCAAUAUUUCUGUUUUAGUAGCACUGUUAUGAAAAUACGUAUCCUGCAUCGAUAUUCACAAUUAAAGCAAAAUUCUCAUUGAAUUCAA